GUGUGUCUCUGUCAAUUCUUGUUCUCCGGGAUCCUGAAGGAGUUUUUUUUUUUAAUACAUGUUAUUAUGUUUUUAUCUUUACUCUUUAUUAUUAUAGUUUGAUUAACAUAAUGUGUGUGCCUUAAUGAAUUGAAGGGUUUUUAUUAAAUCUUACAGCAUAAAUAUGUACACUAACAAUGUUUGAUAUAUGUCUCAUGUAACCAAGGGUAAAAUCUAAGCCGGUAUAUUAGAGUGCAGGACACGAGGUUCAACAGGAUACCAGAAUGUGUGUGAGAAACAGCUGAUACGGCCUUGGGGCUGGGAGGAAGAGAUAUGAGAAAGUUGGAUGUAGUGUGAUGUUUUUCAGAGUUCUAAGAAAGCAGCCGUUUGGAGGAGAUCACUCGACGUUGCGUCACUGAAUGAUUGGAUAAGAAAGAGGUCCAUCAAACUCAACCCAGCCUUACCAUAGGCCCAGGACGAGAAGCAAGCCUCAAGACACACCUCACACAUACACACAUAAAUAUGUAAACACAACAGGAAACGGCGCGGUUCUUGAUUAUACUCUGUGCGGAGAGUGAGUGAGCAGGACAGCCCAGAUCUGUGAAUCAAACCAAUAAUCUUCUAUUAUUGUACCAAAUGUCCAGUAAGACCAAUUUUUGAUCGCGCAGGACAUCUUAUGUCCUUCAAUCCCGAAACUCUGAAGAUUCAAUCGACUGAGACAAGACUCUUCAACUUAUUCAAACAUUAGAUUUUUAGGGGACAGUAAGACUGAAUUAUAAGUAAUUGAUUUAGAAUCUUACAGUCAGAGGACGUUUCUUUUUUUGCUGAGUUUAGGAGUAAUGUGGCAAAAACGUGAACAAAAUAACGGGUGUAAAAUGUUAAAGAAUGUGAUGUUUUCUCCGUCUUUGACAGGUGUGUUGUUGUUUCCCCGCCCCAUCGUCCAGCCUACACUCUGGUGCUACUCAACACAACUGCUCACCUGAACAGUGAACACAUAUCUGUAUUCUUGUGGAAGCGAACCUCGCGACGAUCGUCAAACAUGAGGCUUCAAAAUUGACAGUUUAAGACUCCAGUAACGUUACUGUCUGGGCCUUCAAAAUGGCCCAUAACCAGCAGUCCGCUGCUGUCUACCUCAGAAAGACCUUUGGGAACCUGGUGUCUCAAAUGCAAAACUUUCCAGUCAUUGUUGAGAAUCUUUAUCAGCGGAGGGUUUUUAAUGACCAUGAUGUGAAGGCUGUCAAAGCGAAGUGGAGAGAGCAGGAUAAAGCCAGAUAUAUAUUAAAUCGAGUCAUUAAUGAAGGGGAAUGGGCCAGUUAUGAGUUACUCAAGAUUUUGGAUUUCACUUGGAAGAAGACAUUACGCCCUACUUUACACAAAUGGAUCAAACGUUACUCCUUCGGGGAAGACUCGGAGGCCAACUAUUCGUUAGUCACAAAGACCUGUAAAGACUUCCAGACACAGCUUAAGAUGAAAGCAAAAAGUAUCCUGGAGAACCAGAGGGAAGAUAGGAGUAAAUAUUUGCUUCAGAAACAGCAAGAACAUUUCCAUUUCAUACCUCUUGCCUCAGAAAAGGAAACUGUGAAAGGGGAGCAAUCUUAUACUUCAGAAGAGGAGUAUGUGGAAAUGGAGGAAGACACAUAUUACUACUCUUCAAAUGAGUAUGUGGAAAUGGAGGAUUAUACAUAUUACUCCUCUACACCUUUUUCUUUAAUGAAUUAUUAUGGGAUAGAAACCACACAAUAUGAAAUGAAAAACAAAACACCAAGAUUCAAAAAGCUGGGAUCUUACAUUCCUAACAAGGAAGAAACAGUUUCACCUGAAGAUUUACUAACAAUGCAGAACAAGAACAUCCUGCUGGUUGGCAAACCUGGAAUUGGAAAAACCACAAUUGCCCAGCAAAUGUUGCGUCUAUGGAUGGAAAAAAACGUCACAAAACCAGACUUCAUGUUUUAUUUUGAUGAAACUAUUGUCUCCCAAAGUUCCAACCUGAUGAAUCUUGAAUCUCUUUUGUUUGAUGUGUAUGUAAAUGUAAAAGAAGAAGAGCAACAAGAGGUGCUUCAAAAUAUGAAAGACAAUGCUGAGGAUGUGGUUUUCAUAUUAGAUGGUGUCACACGUCUGCCAGAAGAUUCUGUCUUGAAGAAGAUCAUGAACCAUGAUGUGCUACGUAAGGCGAAAGUCAUAAUAACAUGCAGAACAGAGAUGGAAAAAGAUUCUCUUUUCUCAGAUUGGCCCACAAAGAAAGUGUAUGUUCAAGGAUUCAUUGAAGAGUCCAUCAGAACUUACUAUCAGAUGAUGUUGGGUCACAAUCCUGAUCUUCUGAAUGUGGUGUUGAACAAUCAAGAGCUGUUCAGUCUCAGCUAUGUGCCAAUGUAUGCGUUCAUGAUUGCAAAUAUGAUUCUUCUCAAAGACGACACAGUGCUCAACAAUCCACACACAGUCACAAACAUGAACAUCCACAUUUUCUUUCAUGCUUUGAUGAAAUAUGGGGAUAAAAACCUUUUGGAAAUGAUGAAUAUUUGAAAGAGAUCAAAGAUCAGCUUGAUCCCUUAAUGAAAAACGCAUUCAGUGCAACUGAGCAGAAAAGCCUAAACCUUCCAGAGAUCAGGACUGAUGAAAUAAAUAUUUGUCAUGCUUUUCUGAAAAUUAUCCCAAUAAGAGACAGUCUGACGUCUGAAUCCAAAUACUGUGCAUUUCUCCACAACACAAUGCAGGAAUUCUUCUCAGCUCUGUGGCUUGUUGAGAAUCCAUAUGAAAUUGAGAAAGUCCUGAAACUGUGUAAGACUGAAGAGAAUCAACACAUGAGACAGGUUCUGCUUUUCCUGUGUGGACUUCUGGGAGAACAUAACAACAAACUCCUCAAGUGUCUCUUCUCAGAGGAUCAGAUGAAGAAAACAUCAGAAUGCUUCAUUGAGAAACUUUUGGACACUUUCCUCAAACCUCAGAGUGACUGUGAAGACAUUGAUCUUCUCUAUGUGUGUCAGUGCUUGUAUGAGCUUCAGUCAUCUAACGCUUGCUUGAUGUUUCUGGAGAAGAUGAAGCAUCAGCUGGACAUUGAUGUGAAUCUGGACCCUCAUCAGAGUUGUGCUUUGUCUUAUGUGAUCAGUCAAUCCAGAGAUAAAGAAGUUCAUCUGAAUUUAGAGAACUGCACUGUAUCUGACACAGGAAUGAUCAUGAUUCUCUCCUGUUCACCACAGAUCAGAUUGAAACCUUGCAAUGCUGCUUUCAAUCAAAUCAAAGUCUUACUACAAUUCAUUCAUAAAGUUUCUGUUAAUAAAACAUCUCUGGAGGAUGAGAGGAUGAUGAGAUCACACUGCUGUUGCAACUCUUUACAAAAUAACACCCCAGAACUGGGUGAUGCCCUGCUGGAUCUUUGCUCGCAUGUUAAGGACUAUGAGACUCAAACAGGCAGGAGUUUACUUCCAGCAUUACAGUCAAUUUUCCAGUCUUCACCUGAAGUCUGGUCCAUAGAUCUCUCAAAGAGAAAGACCUUCAUCCUCCUGGAAGUGUUGAAGCUCCAAACAGAGAAGAAACCAGUAGAGCUGAGUGGAUGGACAGAUGAAGAGAGUGAAGUGAUGAGUUUCCUUCAGUGUCUGCCCUUCAUCUCACAACUGGGGUUCAGAUGUUCAGAUGAAAACACUGAAACCUCUGCCGUGCAGUUCCUGCGGAGUCUCAUGGUGGCAGCAGAAAGCGAGACGUCUACGACCAUUUCAUCUUUGUGCAGUUAUAAAACGUUCCCUUUCCAAUCCUCAGGAAAAGUAUUGAAGGAGAUUCAGUGCAAUUUUCUGCUGGAUCUUUACUCGCAUGUGAAGGACUGUGAGACUCAAACAGGCAGGAUUUUAAUUCCAGCAUUACAGUCAGUUUAUCAGACAGCACCUGAUGUCUGGUCCAUAGAUCUCUCAAAGAGAAAGACCUCCAUCCUCCUGGAAGUGUUGAAGCUCCAAACAGAGAAGAAACCAGUAGAGCUGAGAGGAUGGACAGAUGAAGAGAGUGAAGUGAUGAGUUUCCUUAAGUGUCUGCCCUACAUCUCACAACUGAGAUGUGAUUUUUCCUUAACUGGUGAUGUCACAAGUUUUGUGUUGGCACUCUUCAUUAAAGCCGCAGAGAGUGAGACACAAACAGGAGAUCAGAUGCUGAAACGGUUGAUAUCAGUCUGCAAAUACACAUCUUUCCCUUAUGAAGAUAAAAACUGCACUGGACAGAGUGGUUUUCUGCUGGAUCUUUGUUCACAUGUGAAGGACUAUGAGACUCAAACAGGCAGGAGUUUUCUUCCAGCAUUACAGUCAGUUUAUCAGACAGCACCUGAUGUCUGGAGCAUAGAUCUCUCAAAGAGAAAGACCGCCAUCCUCCUGGAAGUGUUGAAGCUCCAAACAGAGAAGAAACCAGUAGAGCUGAGAGGAUGGACCGAUGAAGAGAGUGAAGUGAUGAGUUUCCUUCAGUGUCUGCCCUUCAUCUCACAACUGAGAUUUGACAUUCGGAAUUGUACUCAAGCAGUCCAGUGUGUUUCAAAACUCUUCAUUAAAGCAGCAGAAACUGAGACACAGACAGGAGAUCAGAUGCUGAAACAGUUGACAUCAGUCUGUUCAUACACAUCUUUCCCUUAUGAAACUUGUGACAACGUUAAACAGAGUGAUUUUCUGCUGGUUCUUUGCUCAAAGGUGAAGGACUAUGAGACACAAACAGGCAGGAGUUUACUUCCAGCAUUACAGUCAGUUUAUAUACAGUCAUCACCUGAUGUCUGGAUCAUUGAUCUCUCAAAGAGAAAGACCUCCAUCCUGGAAGUGUUUAAGUUCCGAAAAGAGAAGAGACAAGUGAAGCUUAAAGUAUGUCCAGAUGAAGAGAGUGAAGUGAUGAGUUUCCUUCAGUGUCUGCCCUACAUGUCAAAACUGAGCUUUGUAAAUAGUAAUACUAGUAAACAAUCCAAAUUUCUUUUGAGACUCUUCAUUAAAGCAGCAGAAACUAAGAGACUGACUGGAGAGCAGAUGCAGAAACUGUUGACUUUAGUCUGGGAUACCAGCUCGUUGACAUAUCUCAACUAUGAACAGAGUGAUUUUCUGCUGGAUCUUUACUCGCGUGCAAAGGACUGUGAGACUCAAACAGGCAGGACUUUGAUUCCAGCAUUGAAGCCGUUUUUCCAAGCACUAUCUGAUGUCUGGAUCAUAGAUCUCUCAGAGAGAAAGACCUCCAUCCUCCUGGAAGUGUUGAAACUCCAAACAGAGAAGAAACCAGUAGAGCUGAGAGGAUGGACAGAUGAAGAGAGUGAAGUGAUGAGAUUCCUUCGGUGUCUGCCCUUCAUCGCACAACUGAGAUUUGACCUUAAUUCUCUCAGUCAUGCAGUUCAGUGUGUUUCAAAACUCUUCAUUAAAGCAGCAGAAACUGAGACUCAAACAGGAGAUCAGAUGCUGAAACUGUUGACUUCAGUCUGUUCAUACACAUCUUUCCCUAAUGAAAAUAUUGACAGCUCUGAACAGAGUGAAUUUCUGCUGGAUCUUUACUCGCAUGUGAAGGUUUAUGAGACUCAAACAGGCAGGAGUUUACUUCCAGCAUUACAGUCAGUUUAUCAGUCAUCACCUGAUGUCUGGAUCAUAGAUCUCUCAAAGAGAAAGACCUCCAUCCUCCUGGAAGUGUUGAAGCUUCAAACAGAGAAGAAACCAGUAGAGCUGAGAGGAUGGACCGAUGAAGAGAGUGAAGUGAUGAGUUUCCUUCAGUGUCUGCCCUACAUCUCACAACUGAGUGGUGGCGAGCGCUGUGUGUUGAGUCUUUUUAAACUGGCCGAGUUCAGACAGAAUCCAGAGCUGGUGAACACACUGUUACAGGCUCUAGAUUUCAACCUCAGUCUCGAGGGAAUAUUACCCAGCAGCACUUGCAGGUUUGUGGGCGGAGUUUUACACCAGUCAGCUGACAAACUCACUUUAACUGUGAGACCUCAGGCCAUCUCUCUCAGAGGAACAAGACUUCUCUUCAGACACAUCACAAACAUACAAACACUCAGGCUGAGUGGUUAUAUGGUGGUGAGAACUGUGCGUGCUUUGAGGUCUACAAGAGUUCCUGUCAGUGUAAAUGAACUCUCAGUUGAUCUGAAUGAUAAACGGCGGUCAGACAGCGAGAUGUCCAGAGUUCUGAGCAGUUUGGCUUCUCUUCUGAGACUCUGGACUGUCCAGUGUUUGAACUUGAGCGACUGCAGGAUGAAGUCUCUCUCUUUGAUUCUCCUUCUGUCUCAGCAGAGCCCAGUGACUCUCAGAUUGUCUAAACAGACUCUCCAGAUGCUGGCUGAAUGUGUGUAUGAAGCUCAAGAUGAGGAAAUGACUUCAUGCUUCCUGCAGAAAGUGGGAAGAGAUUUGACUCCAUGUGCCUUGAGUUGGGAAACACUUCAUUAUUUCCUGCAGCAUGAUAUUUCACACAUCACUGUGGACCUUAAAGAAAGUGACAUGUCAUUUAACAUCAGAGAAAUUCUGCCAUUUCUGAACAGGAUUCACUUUCAGCAGAUGAACUCCAGCGUGAUGAUGUCUUUAAUGAGAGAGAUCUAUGAGUCCAGAUCUUCAGGGUUUGUGUCCGGUCUGUUGAGUUCAGUGAAGAACUGCAUUAACCUGCAGAACAGAGCGCUGGACUCUGUCCACUGUGCAGCUCUGCGCUUUAUACUGCAACACUGCACUGCAGUUACACUCGACAUGCUGUGGACCUCCAUACCAGAGGAGGAGCUAGAGAGCUUUCUGCCUCUCCUCAGUCGUGUCUCCUGCCUCAGGGUUGACAGAGUGCUGUUACUGAGAAUGCUUCACUGCAGUUCCUCUGAUGUCCAGCAGGAGGCGUCAGCGGUUCUGCUCUCUGCCCUGCUGCACAAGCUGGACUUCUCCUGUUGUUCUGCAAUGGACCUCACAGAAGACACCCCCACACAGACUCUACAACUGACUACUGAGGACUGUCGUGUGAUGUCUACAGUCAUUCAGAGAGUUUAUAGAGAUACACACACCCUCACACAGCUGAAUCUACACGACUGUCAGAUGAAUACAGCUGGAAUAGAUCAACUCUUCACAAUCUUACACUCUGUUAAACUCCAGUGUGGUAAAUCAAUGCUGCUUCAGUUUCUCUCUCAUGUGGAUGAUGGGAAAGCUGAAUGUCUUUCUCGGGCUCUGGGUGAAGAAGUGGAUCUCAGUCAGACUCAUCUGGACCUGCAGGUCUGUAGAGGACUUGCUCUAGUUCUGGAACAUUCUGAAGGUCUAACAGAACUGGAUCUCAGUCAGUGUCAUCUAACUGAUCAGAGUUUGGAUGUCCUGCUGCCAAACCUCCACAAAGCACAAAACAUUGAUUUUAGUGGCAAUAACAUCACUGAUGCUGAAGCGCAGAAAAUCUACAGUAUCGUCUCUCAUGACAGUAACGUAAAGACAGUGAGGCUCUUCAAAAACAGAAUCACAUCCAGAGAUCUUUUCAACAGAAACCCCCGGUUUGAGAUCUGGUAGUGCCAAAAAAAAUUAAAUAACAUGAAAUAGGAUUUUAAGAGAUGUGAUUCCUGAUAAGGCUGAGGUUCUCAUCAACGUGUGGGGGUUUAUGGCCCACAAGGAGGCUCCAACUGACUUCCAAGGGGGCCUCAGGAUGACAAAUCUUUAUAUGGGACAAAAUGAGCAUUGAAAUACCUUUUAAAACAACAAAAAAACUCUAUAAAACAAAUGUUUUUUUUUUUGUCCAUUUUUAUAUUGAAAAAAACAUUUUCUAGUUAAUAUCAAUCUCUAAAAUACUAUAUUGUGUAGAAAUUUAGAGGUUUUGUGAGUCUAACCAGAGUUAUUAUAGGUUUGUUUUCAGAAGUGUUUUAAUAAUUUUAUAUUCAGUAAACUUUAGGAAAAUGUAAAAGAACAGACAUCAAUGAUGACAAAUGCGUUUCAUAGGCCUCACAUGCUUCAGACAUUUUUGUGUCAGUAACAAAUUAUUUCCUGCAGAGGGCAGCAGAGAUUUCUGUAUUUCUAGAGCUCAUAUACUAAGUCAGAAAUGAUUACUUGAUCAGAAAGAUGCAUUGUAUUAGUGGACUGAAAUAGAAUCACAAAAUAGAUGCAAGUGAUAAUCUUCGAACAAUACUUUAGACAGAACUAUAGUGAAUAAUUUAACGGAGAAUAAGGCAUGUGAUAAGGAUGCUUGUAUUGUCCUCAGGGUUACAGACAUGUCUGUGGAAACGAAGUCCUCAUGGCAACAGCUGUGUUGGAACAAUGGCUACAAUCGUUGAAACAGUCUCGGCUCAUUUUCAAUAGGACGUUAAAUGUGUCUGUGUGACGAGUGUCACAGUAGGACAUCUGACAGUUUACAGAAUAUAAAGCAUGAAUCUAUGGGAGAGGAGAGGAGAGGAGAGGAGAGGAGAGGAGAGGAGAGGAGAGGAGAGGAGAGGAGAGGAGAGGAGAGGAGAGGAGAGGAGAGGAGAAGCUGCUGAAGUGCCUUCUAAAUUUAUUCACAAAUGUUAUGCUUCAAAUAAGAUUUAUACAGGCCAAAGUUAGUCAAUGCAUUAGAAGAAAGAUAAGUUUUAAAGAUUUACAGCGUGUAAUAAUAAACAAAGUAACUACUUCUUUUAAACUGAAAAAUUCCAGCAACAUAAGUACGAUGCAUGUAAAUUAUAUUAGAAAUGAAACCAGAUUGAAACAAGAAUGAAACAACUUGUGAUUCAUGCAUUUCUGUGUCAGACAAAUGUUUUUGCAAAUUGUCCAGAUGACUGUAGAAAGAAAAUAAUCUGUCAGAACAUGUUUUAUACACAUUAUGUGAAAUUAAUCGUAUGUACACUGCAUAAUGAACUAUAGUCUUUAGCCACAGAAACAUCCCGACAAUCACUACAGUACUGUAUAUGCCACAAAUAAGGUAACAAAUUUUUGUUUUUUAAUCUUCUAUCAUUAUGACAGCUCAAAUUAAUAUGACUUGAUUAAUAAGAGCCAAUAUUUUUUUCUA